AUGCUCUCACGUGUUGCUGCAGUGAAGGCACCCCGCACACACAACCGUCGCCGCGUGACCGGAUCCAGCGGAAGGAGAAGGGAAGGAAGAGAGAGUGAGCCGCAGAGGCCCAACAUUUCCCGGCAUCUCUUCUACUCUGCGGUGCUGCUCCUCCUCGUCGUGAUGGUGUGCUGCGGCAGUGGAGAGGCUGCGGGAGUUGCGGGGCAGCCAUCUGUUCCCCAAUUUAAAUGGAGAGGCAUCAAUGAGAGUGGAGGUGAAACUGUGGAGUCGUUGGGUGCUCCCAGCCUUCUAAAAGUGGGGGAUGACGUAUUUGCCGUUGCCGAGGCGCAGUGCAAGAACGGUGGUGUCAGUUUUACUGGCGUUGCAUCCCAACCUCUCACGACAAAAACUGCUGACAAGCCGGAGGAAGCGCUGACGGAUCCCAAAGCUAAGAAACAAUUACUGGAGGAAGGCACUUCCACAGAGGUGAAGAAAGUGGAUGUGAGCCGACCAACAACAGUUGUGGAGGGAAAUGAUAUUUACAUGCUUGUUGGAAAAUACGGCCGGAAAGCUGCCACUGGUGUUCAGGAGAGAGAUGCAGUUGACUGUGGAUUUUUGCUGGUGAAAGGGGAAGUCGGUGGUGAAGAAAGUGGCGGUGGCAAAGGAAUCCAGUGGAGCGAUACAAAAAGUCUCCCGCAGACGCCUUUCUGCGAGCAACACGAAUUUUUAACAGGACUGGUUGGCGGCGGUGGAUCAGGUGUUAAGAUAAAGGACGGUACGCUUGUGUUCCCAGUGGAAGGAACCAAAAAGAAGGAGAAUGAGGGCGCUGAAAAGAAUGAAAAAACCGUUUCGCUGCUCAUAUACUCCUCCGGUAACGCUGCGAGUUGGAAGCUAUCGAAGGGGAUGUCUGCCGAUGGCUGCAGUGAUCCCUCCGUUGUGGAGUGGGAGAAGGACAAACUCAUGAUGAUGACUGCGUGUGCUGGUGGCCCUCGCAGGGUUUACGAGUCCGGUGACAAGGGGGAGUCGUGGACGGAGGCCCUCGGGACACUCUCGCGCGUGUGGGGCAACAAAAGGGAUAAAAACGUGAAACUCGUUAGAAGCGGGUUCACCACAGCGACGAUCGACGGUGUCGAUAGUGAUAAGAGAACUGUGAUGCUCGUCACCCUGCCGGUGUAUUCCGAGAAUGGCAACGAAAAGGGUGAACUCCAUCUUUGGCUGACGGACAAUACGCACAUUGUUGAUAUUGGGCAGGUAUCCGGUGAUGACGCUGCCGCCAGCUCCCUGUUGUACAAAAGUGGUGAAAGUGGAACUGAUGGUAAUAAUGAGGAGUUGGUUGCACUGUACGAAAAGAAGGGCAGUGGGGGGAAACCAUCAAACAGCCUUUGGUCUGUGCGUCUGACUGAGCAGCUGAAGCGGGUGAAGAAGGUGCUGGCGACGUGGAAGGAAGUGGACAAGCGUGUCUCCCAGCUGUGCCCGUCCAAAAGUGAUGCGGAGCGUGCCCCACCUGACGAUGUCUGCGGCGCUGUAAAGAUCACGGAUGGGCUGGUUGGCUUUUUGUCCGGCAGCUUCUCUGAUGGCACAUGGAGGGACGAGUACCUCGGGGUGAACGCCACAGUAAUUAAUAAAGAAGGGGCGGAGCAGGUGGAUAGUGGCGUGAAGUUUACAAGGCGUGGCGCAGGGGCGGAGUGGCCCGUUGGCAGCCAGGGGGAGAAUCAGCUGUACCACUUUUCGAACUACAACUUCACUCUUGUGGCGACGGUGUCCAUCGACAAUGUGCCGGAGGGAGAUACCCCCAUUUCUUUGAUGGGUGUGAAGAUGAAUGAUAAUGGGAAGACUGUACUGCUGGGACUGUCGUACAGCAACAAAGAAAAUAAAUGGAUGCUGCUGUGCGGUGAGGAAAAGUCUAAUGAGCUCAGCAGCCCUUGGGAGCCAGGGAAAACUCACCAAUUGGCCAUUGUGCUACAGAACGGCAACCAGAGCACCGCGUACGUCGAUGGUGAGCGCGUGGGGGACGAAACGUGCUCACUGAAAAAUACGGAAUCGAAAGAGAUCGCGCACUUCUACAUUGGAGUGGGUGGAGGCGACGCAGGAAGCCAAGAAGAAGUGUCCGUGACCGUGACGAACGUCCUGCUGUAUAACCGUACGUUGAGUGCUGCGGAGGUUGGCGCCCUCAACCCAAAUAAAGUCCCCAUUCCGCCUCCGGUAGGUGGAAGUGCGCAAGGAACAUUGUUGCAAUCUCCUUCUGACGGGCGACCGCCGUUGGGGCGUGAAUCGUUGAAUGAAGAUGGGGGUGUGGGCAGUGGCGGUGUAUCCACGUCAGCAGUUUCCACCGCCACUCCGUCGGCAGGGGAGGGUUCUGUAAAGCAGUUGGCGUUGCGAACAUCUCCCGGCGGAAGUGAAAACGUGGAUGUCGUUUCUUCACCCGAUGGUGAUCCAACGGUGGGAGCGGAAGCUGGAGAUACGGUGCCGGGAGACAGACCACCUCAAACUUCUGCGGGCACUCCCACCACAGCAGACGCAAACGCUCCUACCGCUGAAACCGUGGGGCAAUUUGACCCCGCAGUGACAACUGGGGCGCACGUGAGCUCCGGUGAGAGUGGGGAGACGGUGGGAGGAAGGGAUGGGCAGGAAGAUGCCCAUUCACGGGUCAGGGAAGUUAAUGCCACGGCACCCAGCAGCAGCCUCGGAAAUGUGUCGCAGGGGAAUAACAGCGAUGCUGGCACUAUGCGUGGGAGCGGAAUGGUGCCACUGCUCCUUCUAUUGGGAAUUUGGGGGUUUGCGGCUCUGUGA